UUCUUUUCAAAAUUUUUGAGCCAUAAAUGGGAGAGGAAAAAUCCUUAAAAGUUGGGGACAUCAUUCGAAAGUUUUCAAGUCAGUCGGAUUUGACCACAGACAGCAAAGCUCAAGCUACACAACACAGAAAACAUCCAUUGGCUCAUGAAUCUCCCACGCACACUUCUCUACUGAUUCAGGCACAGGUGGCAAAGAUUGCAGAACCUUCCUUAGAACAGAGUGUUUCAAGUGAACCUAUUGAUAUAAAUGAGUUGAGAAAGAAAAAACCUUCCUUAGAUCAGAGUGUUUCAAGUGAACCUAUUGAUAUAAAUGAGUUGAGAAAGAAAAAACCUUCCUUAGAUCAAAGUGUUUCAAAUGAACCUAUUGAUAUAAAUGAGUUGAGAAAGAAAAAACCUUCCUUAGAUCAGAGUGUUUCAAGUGAACCUAUUGAUAUAAAUGAGUUGAGAAAGAGAAAACCUCAUAUUUCAUUGUAA